AUGGAGUGGCUUUUCUUAGUUGCUAAUUUGUUUUACUUUCACGGGAUUUUAGGCAAUCCUGACUCAAAAAGGUUGUACGAUGAUUUGUUAAGUAAUUACAACAGAUUAAUAAGACCGGUCGGAAACAAUUCAGAUCGUUUAACGGUUAAAAUGGGUUUGAAACUUUCACAACUUAUCGACGUUAAUUUAAAAAAUCAAAUUAUGACGACCAACGUUUGGGUUGAACAGGAAUGGAAUGAUUAUAAAUUAAAAUGGAAUCCGGAUGAUUAUGGAGGAGUUGAUACUCUUCACGUUCCCUCAGAACACAUUUGGCUCCCAGACAUAGUUUUGUACAAUAAUGCCGAUGGUAAUUACGAAGUUACAAUUAUGACAAAAGCAAUACUUCAUCAUACGGGAAAAGUUUAUUGGAAACCUCCAGCUAUUUAUAAAUCAUUUUGUGAAAUCGAUGUUGAAUAUUUUCCCUUCGACGAGCAAACGUGUUUUAUGAAAUUUGGAUCUUGGACGUACGACGGUUACCUGGUCGAUUUGAGACAUAUAUCUCAAGCCCCCGAUUCUGACACCAUAGACAUGGGAAUUGAUCUUCAAGAUUAUUAUUUGUCGGUCGAAUGGGAUAUAAUGAGAGUGCCAGCGGUUAGAAAUGAAAAAUUUUACAGUUGUUGCGAAGAGCCUUAUCCUGAUAUUAUAUUUAAUAUCACUCUUAGGCGCAAAACACUUUUUUACACCGUCAAUCUUAUCAUUCCAUGCGUAGGAAUAUCAUUUUUAAGUGUUUUAGUGUUUUAUUUACCUUCGGACAGCGGUGAAAAAGUUUCACUAUGUAUUUCUAUACUAUUGUCGUUAACUGUAUUUUUCCUUCUUCUCGCCGAAAUUAUUCCGCCAACUUCUUUAACCGUUCCCCUAUUAGGAAAAUAUUUGUUAUUUACAAUGGUUUUAGUAACGUUAUCCGUUGUUGUGACAAUCGUUGUGCUCAAUGUUAAUUUCCGAAGUCCCGUAACUCAUAAAAUGAGUCCUUGGGUUCAUCGUAUUUUUAUUAAAACGCUACCAAAAGUUCUUCUUAUAGAAAGACCUCAAAGUGAUGAUGACGAAAACAAUGACGAAGAAAUAAAACCUCCGGAAAGAAUUUUAACAGGCGUAUUUGAUUUGCCCGCAGAAAUUGAUAAAUACGUAAGGUAUGCAGGAAAACGAUUUAGUGCAGAUUAUUCAAUACCUGCUCUUCCGGCACGGUUUCACGUACCAUCGGGACCUGGUUUUGGAGAUGCUCCUUUAUCUCUACCUUUACCAGGAGCCGACGAUGAUUUAUUUAAUCCCGGUGAAAUAGCCAUAAACGAAGAACAAAGUCCUACAUUUGACAAAUCUACGACUCAGGAUAUAGAAAAAACAAUCGAAGAUGCCAGAUUCAUUGCACAACACGUUAGAAACAAAGACAAAUUUGAAAAUAUUGAAGAAGACUGGAAAUAUGUAGCCAUGGUUUUAGAUAGAUUGUUUUUAUGGAUAUUUACAUUAAGUUGCAUCGUUGGAACGGCUAUGAUAAUACUUCAAGCUCCAUCUUUAUAUGACACAACAAAACCAAUAGAUAUUCAAUAUUCGAAAAUAGCUAAAAAGAAAAUGAUGAUGAUGAUGAUGGGCCCGGAAGAAGAAUAA